UGCUCCCUUUCUGCGGCUGAAUUUGCUUUCUGCGCGGCACAUUGGUUCAACAUGAAGAUUAUCCUGGGAAACAGGAUUGACAACAACAUCAGGGAUCCUCUCGAUGCUGUCGAGGUCCAAGAUGACGACAAAGAAAACGGAAACCUAAACAAGCCAUCCGUGGUACCUAACUCGGCCAUCGCCCAAGUGACGCCCUGGCUGUACCUUUGCGGCGCCAACGCUGUCAGACUGCAGAGCUUAAACGCUCUAAGGAUCACCUGCAUUGUGAAUGCAACUGUGGAAUUGCCCCUUCUGCCUUUGGAUGGAAUUGAGGUGCUCAGGGUCGGAGUAGUUGAUUCUCCUGGGGUUGACCUCAGUGCCUAUUUUGACAGCAUUGCCGACAAGGUUGAAGAAGCGAGGGAAAAAGGUGGCUGCGUGCUUGUCCACUGCACGGCCGGAGUGAGCCGAAGUGCAUCGCUGUGCCUGGCCUACCUGAUGAAGUACCAGCACAUGCCACUGCGAAAAGCGUUCGCCCACUUACGAAAUGUUCGACCAGCUGUCCGUCCCAACUCUGGCUUCUUCCGCCAACUUAUCGACCUCGAGUUGCGGCUAUUUGGCCGUGAAUCCGUGUCCAUGGUGUUUAAUGAGGCGGCAGGCACGCAGAUCCCAGACGUUUACGAGGUCGACUACCAAAAAAUGGUGUGGUUCCAGAGGAACUAUCGCAACGUGUCACUCGCCAGGAACUGCUAGUUGCGAAGGCCGUGGGAUUGGUGUGAGGGCACAAUUCGUCUGUAAGCUACUUGAUAUCCAUAUGAGCCGACCUGAAUAUUAGCUUUUCACGGAUCCGGCAACGGAGCAAUGUUAAAAAUUAUGAAUGCCAAGAAGACUUUCAAAAGGUUAAUUUUUUGAUAAAUUCCUAUUGUAAUACGAAGACCACGAUUUUGAUCAAUGCACAAGCCUCCUUCAGCAUGAAAAUUACAGACACAACUGACCAAACUUGAUCUUUGAGUCAGGUCGGCCGCUUUUUGUCAAUAAGUAUUUUUUGUUUGAUCUCUUUUUACUCAUUUGCGUUGCUAUUUUGCGUACAUCGCCUGUCAACGUUCUCUUUGUGCGCAAUAAGAUUUCUCUUUUUUCCAUUCCAUGCUACAUUGUAUAUUUUACAUUUUAUCAAUGUCUUUACUCUAAAGUGUUUCUGCAUGUGUGUGCUCUUAUUACAAGAAUUCUGUAUUUAUUUUCUACGUCGAAUAAAUCGCUAAUGUUUAAUAUGAUAACA